CAACCCAAAGAAGAAAUCAGAGAUAUUCAAAGGCCAGACUGCCAGAGGGUAUAAAUAAAUUAAAAAGAAAAUAAUUGUAAAACCCCAUUGUCUGUCAACUGUGAAGACUAAAAAGCAAAAUCAAAUGAAAAUUGAAGUGAGAGGUUAGUCCAUAGAGGCUUUUUCUUUUCAAUAUCUCCGAUUCUAGUCGCCUUGAUUCGCUGUUCUUCGAUCGUUCUACUCAAUUCUGCCCGAGUUCUUAAUUCGUUGCAGGUUUUCAUCGUGUGAAGCUUAUUAGAUGUUGGAGCCAAUCAAGGGUAGUUGAGAAGUUAUUUGUGCCAUGGAAGUUUUCUUGGAUUCUUAGAAUCACCCGAGAAAUCAAUAUGAAUGUUUGAAGCUGAGAAUUUUAAUACUCAGGUUUUAUUUAAUAUUGAUUCGCUUUACUGAGGAUAUAUACUGUUUUAAAGAACAGGCGGGAUGGAGAUUUCUUUAUUAAAAGCACUUCUUAACAACAUCUCAAGCUUCUUUCAUAUAUCAUCACUGGAGAACAUCAGUUCUUUACUAGUUCUCAAGUAUUAUUGGAAGGCAGAAGACAUACUGAAGCUAUUAAAGCCAAUUCUCUAUGGCAUUGUUGAUUCUGAAAUAGUCUCUGAUGAACUGUUUCAAAAAGCAUUUGCUGGAUUCGGCCAUUCAAUUGAUCAACUAAGGGAGCUAUUCGAAACCUGGCAACUAUUGAGCAGUAAAUUUUAUUUUGUUUUGCAAGCUGAAUCAUUAAUUGUAAAGGUUCAGAGUUGCAGCCUGGAAAUUCUUGAGCUACUUGUCUCUUCUGAUUGUUCACUUCCUGCUGAAGCAAGCUUGACAUCUCUUGAGCACUGUAUAAUGAAAAUCAAGUCAAUUGAUAAUGAAUUGUUAUCACCAAUCAUCAGAAAAGCUAUAAAAAAUCAAGUGGAAGGUUCUGGGGCUAGCUCAGAUAGCAUGUCAAAAAUAGCAGACUCCCUGAGCUUAAAGUCAAACCAGGAACUUCUAAUUGAGCUCGUGGCACUUGAAAAGUUGAAGGACAAUGCAGAACAAGCAGAAAAGAGUGAUGAUGUUGAAUAUAUUGAGCAAAUUAGUGCUCUUGUUACUCAUAUGCAUGACUCCCUUGUAAUGAUGAAACAUUCUGAGAGCUAUACCUCUGUGCCAAUACCUGCAGAUUUCUGUUGUCCUCUAUCACUUGAGCUCAUGACAGACCCUGUAAUUGUUGCAUCUGGACAAACUUAUGAACGAGCUUUCAUUCGAAAUUGGAUUGAUCUUGGGCUCAAUGUCUGCCCUAAGACACGGCAGACCCUGGCUCAUCCAAAUCUUAUUCCCAACUACACUGUUAAGGCACUGAUUGCAAAUUGGUGUGAAUCUAAUGAUGUAAAGCUGCCUGAUCCAGUGAAGCCUUUUAGCUUGAAUCAAACUACUCCAGUUAUAGCACAGAUGGAAUCUGGUACACCCAGGGAGAAUCAUAUCUUUCCUCAUUCAAGGGCUAAUAAUUCAACUUCACCUGAAUCAACUCACUCUUUCGAUUCCCCAAGGAAAAAUUCAAUCUCAUCUACUGCAAUUCAAAUUGAGACAACAUCUCAGUCUCAUCUCCGUUCAUCUUCAGAGGAAUCUUUGCCAGAAAUUGAAAGUAAUAGAUUGACUGUUGAGCGGAUGUCUCUUGAAAGUUCCGAAGACGGGUUGGCAAACUCAGGAAAACAGAGUAUGGACCAAGUUAGCCGCUAUUCUAUGCCACUAUCUAUGAAUUGUGUGUCAUCAGCUGAUGAAGAUUUCCAUCAUGGCCAUAACCGAACUACCUCUGCACCCAGCACGCUGUCUGAUUCAAAAUUUUCACAUGUGAGUGCUGAUGAUGGAAAUGAGAUGUCUUCAUCUGCCAGUGCUGAUACUUCAAUGAAGGUUGCACCAGAAUCUAAACCUGCUGCUACAAUGGCCGCCUCGAGGAGAGAGUCUGAGUUCCUGUCACCACUUGGGACAAGGCCUCGUCCUCCAUCUUUCUGGCGCAGGUCAUCUGAGGCCUUUGUUCCGAGAAUAGUUUCUUCCACUGCUGCAGGAACAAGGGCUGAUAUUGCGGAAGUGGAGGAGCAAGUUAAAAAGCUUGUUGAGGACUUGAAGAGCACUUCUAUUGAUUUGCAGAGAGAAGCAACAGCUGAACUCCGAUUACUAGCAAAGCAUAAUAUGGACAACCGUAUUGUGAUUGCAAAUUGUGGUGCUAUCAGUCUGUUAGUUAACUUACUGUAUUCAGUAGACCCACAAGUGCAGGAAAAUGCUGUUACUGCACUCCUUAAUUUAUCAAUUAAUGAUAAUAACAAGUCUGCAAUUGGUAAUGCCAAUGCAAUUGAACCUUUGAUUCAUGUCCUUAAGACAGGGAGCCCUGAGGCUAAAGAAAACUCGGCUGCCACUCUUUUUAGCCUCUCGGUUAUUGAGGAUAACAAGAUUAAGAUUGGGAAGUCUGGGGCAAUACAACCGCUUGUUGAUUUAUUGGGAAAUGGAACUCCUAGGGGCAAGAAAGAUGCAGCCACAGCUUUGUUUAACUUGUCAAUACAUCCUGAAAACAAGACUCGAAUUGUGGACGCAGGUGCAGUAAAGUACCUUGUAGACUUGAUGGACCCUGCUGCUGGGAUGGUUGAUAAAGCAGUUGCUGUUCUGUCAAAUCUUUCUACCAUUCACGAGGGAAGAGUAGCAAUUGGUCAGGAAGAAGGGAUCCCUGUUCUGGUCGAGGUUGUCGAGUUGGGAUCUGCAAGAGGAAAGGAAAAUGCAGCUGCUGCUCUACUGCAAUUAUGCACAAACAGUGGUAGGCACUGUAAUAUGGUUCUCCAAGAAGGCGCUGUACCUCCAUUAGUAGCACUGUCGCAAUCUGGCACCCCCAGAGCUAAAGAAAAGGCUCAAGCUCUUCUUAGCUACUUCAGAAAUCAACGUCCUGGUAACGCAGGCAGGAACUAAUUUUGUAGAUUGCGGUUUGGGCAUCCUGUGUUUGAGGUAAGAGGUUAUUAUGUGUGUAAAUCUGGUGUUAGAAAUAACGUGUGUUAAUGUGUAGACUAUUUCACGUACUUGUGAUAUUUCUGAGAUGUGGAAAAGGUACUGAUUUUGACUCGAACAAGCUCAAUAUCAAAUGACACUCUCUGUGACAUGUAAGAUUUUACCUUUUGCACGGUAUUUAUUGGCCAAGUAUUAUUUAUUAUUUUUUACAUGUAA